UCAAGUCAAGGCCCGGCCGCUCGGAAGACCUACGACCACCGCGACAGACCCGGACGACAGGUCAGACCUAGUCAAUUCGAUUCCUCCUUCGAAGAGAGACCUAGCGGAUACUUUCAAGUCUGCCCAGGCAGCACCGACGCGACCAUGCCCGUCCCCUUCGAGACCCUUCUUCCCUACGCCAUCAUGAUUGGCAUGUUCGGUAUCUCUGGUACCGGUCUUGCCGUCAUCAAGACCUGGCAGAACGAGGGCAAGCGACCCCGUUACUCCGUGGACCAGUGGGACAAGCAAAUGAUGGAGCGUGACCGCCGACUUACAGGAAGUCUACGAGGACAGACGGACAAAGCAGUGGCACCCAUAGGGUUCGAGUUGAACAACCCGUGGAAGUUGGAAAAACGCUUCGCUUAG